AUGCCCCGUCCUGCCGCAAGUUCCUACAGCCUAACAGUGAUCCAGCAGCCCGAAGUUGCGCGCUGUUGCGGGUUUGGUGAAAAGCUCGAGAAGCGGGCCAUCGACCCACCGCCGGUGGUGCAGUUGGUGCUGCAUGAGCCCGACGGACGCCUCAUCACAAGGCCGAGCGAGCUUGCCGAGCGGGUCAAGUCGUUUGUCAUGUACGUCGAGCUCUGGACAAGCCAAGAUCCGAACGACACCGCCUCCGCUUCGAAUCCGCCUGCAAACCCAACCCCAGAAGCCAUUUCAAAUACAAACGCACAUUCCCAUUCGCGCUCGCAUCCGCAUCCACACGUACACACACAGCCUCGGUCGGCACCGAACCCGAACCCGAACCCGAACCCAAGCCCCAGCCCUCACUCCUCCAAUCCGAGCCCAAACAUGGAUUUCCAUAUCAAUCCCAGCCCGAUAGUGAAUCCGAAUCCAAGCCCUGCUCCGGACUCAUACCCAAACUCCAACUCGAGCUGGAGCAUCAAGGUCGAGUCCGACAUGGUCCAAGAGGCCGAGCGGCCAUCGGCUGGCCCCUGCACGAGCGUCACCAGGACAAUCCCGACGGCGCUCUGCGGCAAGUGCAUCGCCCACAGCGAGUUCCUCAUCAAAGACGAUGGUGAAGCCGCAGUGCUGUUUAUUUUCCCCGAAAUCAACAUCCGCGUCAAGGGCAAGUACCGGCUCAAGUUUAUUCUCUUUGACUGCAGCAUCGAUUUCGAAAUGCCUUUCAGGUACGAAGUAGUGAGCAUGCCAUAG